UUCUGUAUAUGUAAUUUGAGCAUGUAAAUAUCAAAUGAAAGGAUAAAAGGAAAAUAAACCUUCACCCUUCAAAUAUGGACACUUGAAAACAAUCUUACACACAAAGAAAGAGAAAAACAAAGAGAGAGAGAGAGAGAGAGAGGGAGGAAGAUGGAGAAAGAUCAGCACAAUUACAGAGAGUGUUUAAGGAACCAUGCAGCGAGUCUCGGCAGCUACGCCACGGACGGCUGCGGCGAGUUCACGCUGGACGACUCAUCUCCCACUUCUCUAAACUGCGCUGCAUGUGGAUGCCACCGCAACUUCCACCGCAAGCUCAGCUACACCCGCAGCGACGCCGUCAACGCCUCAAUGGAGAUAAUGGAGUACACUGAAGGCGGGGCCCGGAGGCCACAGAUGGUGGUGGGGUCGCCGGAGACGGCCGAGAGGAGUGUGAAAAAGAGGUUCAGGACCAAGUUUAGCCCGGAACAGAAGGAGAAAAUGCUGGAGUUUGCGGAAAAGUUGGGGUGGAAAUUGCAAAGAAAAGAUGAAGAAGAUGAAGUUGAGAAAUUUUGCAGAGGAGUUGGAGUGAGCAGACAGGUCUUUAAAGUGUGGAUGCAUAAUCAUAAGAACGCUUCUUCUUCUUCUUCAGCUUCAACUGGAAAUGCUUCUUCCCUUACUACGGAUCGGUAGAGGGCAAAUUGGAGAUUUUCUUUUUGUGUGUGCAAUUUCUUAUUUUUUUUAAUUUCCACUUAAUUCUUUCUUUUUUUUUUUUUUUUUGGUUCUUGUAUGAGUAUCUUGGUGUAUCUGUUUAACAAGAAAAUUUUAGAAAAUAAUAAUUAGUGUUUUUUA